GCACGCAGUGUGGGGCUGAAGCUCAGGGGUGGUGGGGCUGUGCUGGGGGAAUCAGUGUGUGUGCAGAUGGGCACCUGGGUCCUUCUGCACAUGGAGCACGUCCUCCUGGGCUGGGUGCUGCUGCUCGGCGCCUUGGCCAGCGUGUUGGCCACCAGCAGCAAGAGAGACCUGGGCCCAGUCAAGGAGGUGGCGAUGGACAUGGCCAACACCACCUUUGAUGACCAGUACCAGGGCUGCAGACGCAUGAUGGAGGAUGAGCUGGAGGAGCUGAACCGCACCGAGUUCACCAACGAGGUCUAUGCUGAGGGCUGGAGAAAUGCUGCCAUGGAGUGGCGAAAUCGAUGGGGUCGUGCCGACCGCCCACCGGCACUGAGACGGGAUCAGGCCACAGCCAUGCUGGCGUACACGAUGGAGGGGAAACUGUACCACCAGUUCAACACAGCCACGAGGGAGGAUGGCAUCUCCCGGCAGCACUACCUGCGCUCCUUCCCCUUCAAGACGCUGCAUUUCCUCCUGAGCAGAGCCCUGCAGACCCUGCGGGAAUCCCAGCCCCAGCGAUGCCACCACGUCUACCGUGGUGUCAAGGGCACCCGAUUCACGGCACAGCAGGGCAGGGUGGUUCGCUUCGGCCACUUCACCUCCUCCUCCUUGCGGAAGAAGGUCGCUGAAUCUUUUGGCCAAGACACCUUCUUCUCUGUGGAGACCUGCUACGGUGUGCCCAUCAAGGAAUUCUCCACUUUCCCCGGUGAGGAUGAAGUCCUCAUCCCACCCUUUGAGCAAUUCAGGGUCACCAACAUCACCUACAAUGAGGGCAGAACCUCCAUCCAGCUCCGCUCCCAGGGGAUGAAGAGCAAGUACAACUGCGAGUUCGUGCAGGAGAAAAGGUGCAAGGAGCGGCCGUGUGCUUUCAGUGCAGGGUGGAAGGAGGAGUCUUUGAUGGGGACAGCAUGGCAGGGCUCCACGCAGAAGAAGGUGUCCAGGCCAAAGGACUCAUCGACCUUCUUCUGGAGGCUGGAGGAGGGGAACUGGACAACGUGGACCAUUGCUGUGCCAUGAAGUGGGUGUUCCUGAUGCUGGAGUAGAUGUGGUGGCAGCGUUGGGCUGGGAUUCCCACAAGGUCUGGCUCAGGAGGACGUGCGGUGUCUUGGAGAGGAAGGGAAACCCACAUUGGCCCUUUUGGUGCCCGAUGUGGGAUCUGGAGGGCUGAGAUAAGGGCAGAGCUGGCCAGGACCUGUUUGAGCAGUCAGAAAUCCUCAUCCCACCCUUUGAGUACGUUCAGGUCACCAACUUCAGCUACGUCAAAAGCAGAGCCCUCAUCCAUCUCCGUUCCCAGGAGAAGAGCAGCACCUCCAACUGCGAGCUUGUGAAGGCUCAGGGCUGGUGGGGUGGCCAACAGGGGCUGGGGCACAGCCCCGGGCAGCUCUGUGCUCCCUGCACUCUUCCAGCCACGGCUGGAGGGGAUCAGGGGACAGAUUGUGUGGCCCCAUCCCCCUGGCGACAUCAUCGUGGAGUCAUGGAAAGGUUUGGGUUGGAACGGACCCUAAAACCCAUCCAAUCCCCACCCCUGCCGUGAGCUGGGUGCCCCCACCUGCUCAGGCUGCCCAGGAUCCCAUCCAUGACCAUGGGCACCUCCAGGGAUGGGGCACCCAUGGCUUCCUUAAGCAGCCUGCUCCAGGGCCUCACCACAGGGCCUCUGAGUGAAGAUUUUCCCACUAACAUCUAUUCUAUAUCUCCAUUUUAUUAUUAUUAUUAUUUAUAUUGAACCUUUCCCAUUGUCCUAUCAUACUCAGCCCACAUGAAAGGGCAGAGUCCCUCUUGCUUCUAAGAUCUCUUGCAGUAAUGGGAAGCUGCAAUGAGGUCUCAUCAUACAAUCACUGAAUAUCCCAAGUUGGAAGGGACCCAUCACCGUCAUCGAGUCCAACUCCUGGCUCCACACAGGACUGCCCCAAAAUCAGACCAUAUGACCGAGGGCAUUACCCACACUCUUCUCAAGCUCCAGCAAACACAGCGCCAUCACCACUGCCCUGCACCCCCCUCUCCAUUGCAAUCUCCUGUCUUCCUGUGAAGCUAGAUGCACUAAGACUUUCUAUGCGCAGUAAUAAUGAUCCCAGUGGAAAACAGCAUUGGUGUCAUGCCCUUAAGCUCCUGGAGGCAGCAUGUGCCCCCAUAGCGGCGUUUCUAAUCUCCUUUGCACCCUCUGUGAAUUCAAACCAGCACAGAAAAUGUGGAUGAGUGUAACAACAACCAGCAGCACCGCACACGGGUGUUGCGAUGGGGACUUUCAGAGCAGAGGGCUGUCCCCAUGGGGAUGAGCACCAACAGUACAUAAGAUAAGACCUGGCUGUGUUCCCAAACAUACAGCUCCAUGAGCUCAGAUAGAACCUGCUUCUAUGGCCAGCUGAAAGCCCCGCAGGAAAAAAAUGUAGGAAAUAAUAUUCCUUAUCCCAAGGGGAUUGAUGCUUCUCCUCUCCUCUCCUCUCCUCUCCUCUCCUCUCCUCUCCUCU